AGAGGCUCCUGAAAAAGAGACUAAUCAAGCGAAUACUAGAAAACGAGAACUAAUAAAAGGGUAAAAAUAAAAAAGAAAAAAAUCCCAAUCCGACGGCACGUGCUAGUUCCCGAGAUAUAUAGGACGCUCCAGAUACCUUACCAUUCCAUCGUCUGCUGGCAUCGUUCCAUUCUCCUCUAAACCCUAGCCGCCUAGCGCCUCGAUCUGAGCAGCCUGUCUCGCGGAGGUAGUUCUGGUUGAUUUGGUCCUAGAUGGCGGAGGAAAAAGUGGGGCGGAUCUUCGUCGGCGGGCUGUCGUGGAACACCACGGAGCGCACGCUCGAGCGCACCUUCGGUCAGUACGGCAAGGUCAUCGAGGCUCAGCAGCUGCUGAUUCACAGAGACUGCAGUCAGUUCAAUUUCUGCAUGUUAGGAAGUUAGCAAAGUUGCAGGAAAAGAAAUUCACUAAUCAUUUGAGCUCACUGGUUAGCAUUUUUUGCGAUGAUGGGUUCAGUAAAGAUCAAUUGGAGGCAUAUACACUGUUAGAUUCAGUUUUGCUAGGUGUGAUCUGUUUUGUGGACAGAACCAGAUACCUGUUUUUGCCUUGUUAGCACUUAAGAUAACUGCUUCCAGCUUUAGAACACAAAAGAAUCAUCACCGGCAUGGUUAAUGAACUCCAGUCAAGUAAACAUGGUUGCCAGCACUGGACUGAACUUGUGGCAAAAUUUGGUUGUGUCAUUCUGGAUCAGUUUGAUAAGAAAGGCAGAGAAACCAUUUGUCCUUUCAGUAGCGAGGCAGCAAUGGUGAUGCUGAAGAAUGUUGUAUGCUCAUCUUUGCCUACACUUGCUUCAAAGAGCAUUAUUCCCAGUGUCCAUCACUCCAUUGUGCAUUUCCAUGGGAAAUGCUUAGUUCUUUGCGCCAAAGGAAAGCCAGGAUUAAAAAAUGCAUUUAGACUUCCGGAUUAUAUUUUUCUGGUACUGAAGGAUAUGGCAGGGUAACUAAAAUCUACCUGGUCAUGGUAUAGUUCACCUCUAGUUUUGUGCCCAUACAAUUGCCCAAAAGUAACUGGUCUCAGUUCAGUUCUCUGGAUUGGAUACUGGUUCUUGCAGCACGUGGCCCUCACCUGGAACUGUUCAGACUCAUCAUUGUCGUCUGUGAUCACGUGCUUGAUUCUUCAGUUUUGACUUCUGACCUUUGGCUGUAGUAAUCAUUAAUGUUCUUAACCAGUGAAUGGUCAAGCAGAUUUUGAUUUGCAUUCAAAUUUGAGUUGUGGCAUAAGGAAUUAAGGAUUGACCAAACUCUUGUACAGUUGGGAUGAUUUCACUCGUUUUGCACAAUGUUUAUUAGCUGUUUGAUUUGAUACCCUAAUUUGCAUGUUGUUCCUACUGAUAGAAUUUUUGGUUGCUCACUAUUAUAUAUAGUUUCUGUCUUCCCAUUGGUUCAUUUUCACUGUAUGUAUAGGUUGUAGUGGAAAGGGAGACAGGCCGCUCUAGGGGAUUUGGAUUUGUCACAUUUUCAGAACCUCGGGCUGUGGAUGCUGCCAUUCGGGGAAUGCAUAACGGAGAACUGGAUGGCCGCAAUAUUUCUGUGAACAAAGCUGAACCUAGGAACUCUGAUGGCUAUGGAUAUGGUGGUGGUGGUGGUGGUGGUUACUCGUCCGGUGGUAGAGGUGGAUAUCGUAGUGGAGCUGAUGUAGUUCCAGCAGCCAGUGAUGAUUGUUUCAAAUGUGGCCGUCCUGGACAUUGGGCUCGUGAAUGCCCUUAUUCAGAUGGAAGUGGUAGAACUGGAAGGUAUUCUCCCGGUUCAAGGUAUGGUGGUGGCACUGGUGGACGUGGUGAUCGCUUUGGAGGAUCAGAUCGUUUUGCUCGCUAUGAUGAUGAUCGAUAUGAUGGUGGGCGCUAUGUGGACAGCAGGGAUACUUAUUAUGGUUCCGGGCGCGAUCGCUAUGCACCGGCAGCAGAACGCUAUUCUGGUGACAGGUACAGUGGUGCAGAUCGAUAUGCGUCCAGCGGCUUUGCCAGAGAAAGGAGCUAUGAGAGAGAUGGAGGGAGGUCCAAUGGAGGUUACUACCGUGAUGAACCGAGGGGCACUGGUGGCUAUGGCAGAGGUGGUUCACGUGGCGGCGGCGGCGGUGGGCCUGCUCGCUUUGGUGGGAGUUACCGAGAUAGGCCUGCUCCAUACGAUCGUCCCAGCAGGGGAGGAGCAGCUCGUGCUUAUGAUGAUCGUUACUGAAGAAUGUUCCCCUGAGGCAGAACAGAGAUAUCUGUGUAUUUCAGCUAUGCACUAGUAUUUACAUUUGCCAGCUUGAUCCUUCAAUUCCGUGUUAUCCAGCAGUUGCAGUUUGUUUUAUUAGUCUAUGAAGACAAUGGUUCAGUCCAUGGGUUAUUAAUAUGCUGGUACCGUAAUCUUUAGGCAGUGUGCUCCUGGUUGAUUCGUCAUGUUUGUGUAACUACUUUGGAGUUUGCACUAAAUAAUGAACUAAUUCCAGUAUGUGGUCUUUGAAUUGGACUUCUGUUAUGCUUACCGAGAAAA